CGUUCGCAUAUACACACUUCGAUUCAUCGAACUUCAUGACGUUUGCACCUACACAUUUCCGAUGUCACUCAUAAUACUACAUUGUAGCGUACUGCAGCAGCCAGUCGCAGAUUACCACGCAUGGUGCACACGUCGCAUCACCAGUUAAUUUAUUGAGUUAACUAUUUCUGACAGAAGCUUCAAUUAAUCUACGGUUUUCUUUACUCAUAACUAACAGUAUUUCAACAAUUAAACGUUAAAAUUGAUUUAUUAAACUGAGACGAAAACUAUUGAUAAUCAUAAUCGGCAACGUUUCCUGCUAAUUUGGAGAUUCUUGUCACGAUGGAGCCGUUUACUCUGCUUCUGACUAUAGUGGCUGCGAGUAUUUGCUUGUACUAUUUUGUGCUAGACAAGUUAACUUACUUCGAACGACUGAAGGUUCCGCAUGUAAAACCAAUUCCGUUGUUGGGCAACAUGGCGCCUUUUGUCUUUAAACGUACAAGCCACGCGGAUCUUUUACGAAAAUUAUACAAUCUCUUCCCCAACGCAAGAUACUUUGGCCUCUGCAAUUUUUCCACGCCAACUUUUGUUAUUCGUGAUCCGGAGCUGAUUUCAAUGAUUGCCAUCAAGCAAUUCGAUCGUUUCUGCGAUCGCCGUGGUUUCGUAAACGGAAAUCUCGACCCGAUAGCCAAUAGAAAUCUGUUUGACUUGAAAGGGAAUCAUUGGCGCGAGAUGCGAAAGCUUCUUACCCCUAGCUUCACAUCUAGCAAAAUGAAGGUGAUGUUUGGUCUUAUGAGUCAGUGCGCUGAGAACUUUGCUAAUUUUGUGGCAACGGAAUCUGGAAAAGCCGGCAAGACGUAUGAUAUGAAAGACGUAAUUAGCAGAUACGCCAACGACACGAUAGCUACAUGCGCCUUUGGUAUCAGUGUCGAUUCUUUUAAGCAUCCAAACAACGAAUUCUUCACGAUUGGCAAAGAAUCAACGAAUUUUGGGGGAGCUUGGAUAACCUUCACAUAUUUUAUGUACAGAAGCUUUCCGUCAAUUGCAAAACUUUUCAGGCUGAGAAUGUUUGGAUCAAAGGUAGAGAACUUUUUCACAGAUGUCAUCGCCAAUACAGUGAAGACCAGGGAUCAUUUGAAAAUUGUUCGUCCCGACAUGAUUCAAUUGAUGAUGGAGACCAGGAACAAGAAUAGCGGACCUGAGUUUGACAUUAACGAGAUGACCGCCCAGGCAUUCGUUUUCUUUGCUGCCGGAUUUUAUUCUGUAUCAACAGGCAUGUGUUUCAUGACGCACGAAAUUGGUACCAAUCCCGAUGUUCAGAGCAAAUUAAAAGAAGAAAUCGACGACGUUCUUAGACAGACCAACGGCAAACCUACCUAUGAGGCUAUUAAUGGCAUGAAAUAUUUGGACGCUGUGGUAAGUGAAAGUCUCAGACUUUAUCCGGUAGCACAUCUUCUUGACAGAAAAUGCAUCAAAGAGACCGAAUUGCCACCAGCGACUCCGAAUGGCAAACCGAUCACGAUAAAACCUGGAGAUUACAUAUGGUUUCCAAGUUAUCCUCUCCACCGCGAUCCAAAGUACUACUCGCAACCAGACAAGUUCGAUCCAGAAAGAUUCCUUAACGGUAGUGUGGAUAACUCGGUCUAUAUGCCAUUUGGUAUCGGGCCUAGAAUCUGCAUAGGUAACAGAUUCUCUAUAAUGGAAGCAAAAAUCAUGUUGUUCUAUCUGUUAUGGCGUUGCGAUCUUGAACCCGAUGUCAAAACCAGAAUUCCUAUGGUGUUGAAGAAAGCACUCGGCAUGACAGCGGAUGGAGGCUUCUGGUUGAAAUUACGAGCAAGAAAUUCGAAAGUUCCAGUUACACAGUGUUUAUCGAACGGACACAAAGUUAAGGAAUAGUGAUGCAGCAUACUCACAAUUUACUUCAAACAGAAAAUGUACUAAUAAUUGUUCUUUUAAAUUGUAGCAGAAAUUUAGCAUUUUUUUAAAUCAAUCAUCUACAAAUAUUAAGAAUAAAUAUUAA